AUGACGACUCUCGUACCUCGAGACCCUUACUCUCCGGAAGAGCUCGAGAAGCUCUACCCCAAGCACCUGAAGCUACAGCUGGUUCAAGUGUUUCUUCGUCACGGCGAACGGACACCGGUCUCUUCGAGGUUCCAGAAUGCAGGCCUCUCACCCUAUUGGCCGUAUUGCAAUGUCGCCCGCCAGAUGAUUCAGAUGGCAUCGAGCAAGCAGGAUCUCUCGGAGUGGAACGGCUUCCAGUGGCGACGGAAAAUGGAAGCGUUUGGUAACAAUGAUGAAGCAGUGGUUGCUACGGGACCAGGGGGGCAAAUGGAGGGCAUGUGUUCGCAUGGUGAAUUGACCGACAAGGGCCGUGAGACCACAUUUGCCCUGGGUCAGCGGCUGCGACACCUUUAUAUCGACCAGCUUGGAUUCAUGCCCGACAUCAAAUCCGAUACUGAAGACAUGUAUCUCCGUGCCACCCCUAUUCCCCGUGCCUUGGAGUCUUUACAGCAGGCCUUCUGGGGUUUGUACCCUGCCAGUAAUCGCACUGCCGACUUCCCACCACCCGUCAUUGUCGGGCGUUCCUUUUCUGAAGAGACUUUGUUUCCGAAUGAGGGCAAUUGCCGCCGUUUUAGACAGUUGGCGAGGCUGUUCGCCGAUCGUGCAGCUGUUCGAUGGAAUAAAACUGAAGAGAUGGACUAUCUGAACAGUCUGUGGUCCAAGUGGAUGCCAGAAAAUUCGCCAAAGGUCGCCGUCGACUCCCACCCCCGUCUCUCUGGCAUCAUGGAUACCAUCAACGCAACCGAUGCCCACGGAUCUGGCACCCGUCUUCCAUCCGAGUUCUAUGACAAGAAGGGCCGGGAAUUUAUGGACAAGAUCGCUGUUGAGGAGUGGUUUGCGGGUUACCAGGAGAGCAAUGAAUACCGCAAACUCGGUAUCGGCGCGCUUCUAGGCGAUGUGGUCGACCGGAUGGUCAGCACCGCCGUUGAUGGUGGCUGGCGAAGCGAUACCACUGCCUCCGGGAACCCUGCUGCCGGAAAGGCUAUAAAGAUGGCUCUGAGCGGGUGCCACGAUACCACCCUGGCUGCUAUUUUGGCAAGUUUGGGUGCGUACCAGAACGAGAAGUGGCCUCCGUUCACCUCUUCUGUUGCAAUCGAGCUUUUUUCGAACGCUUCUCGCAGGUACGGUGGUGAGAACGCUGGAAGCAUGCUUGAGGAGUUCUCGAACCCGGUUCCCACGGAACCGGGCAAAAAGUCGGGCCUCUUCUCUUUCUUAACAGGUGGCUCGAAGUCAUCUGCUGCAAAAGCUCCUACGAUUUCCGAGACAGCUCGGGUGCCUCUCGGCGACUUCCCUCCGUCAUCUAGAAAACUCCUGCAGCAACAUUACGUUCGGAUCCGUUUCAACGACCGUCCUGUCCGUAUUCCAGGCUGUGCUGCAAAACCAGAGAAUCAUCUCCAUGGAGAUGACACUUUCUGCACUCUCGAUGCCUUCAAGGAGAUUGUCGAUAAGUUCACGCCCAAAGACUGGAGUGAGGACUGCAUCCAGAACCUCGGUGAAGGGCUAUUCGGCAAGGGCGAUGCGGAGAAAUCUCCAUCUGGGUUUUAA